AAAUAAUCACCAAUCUGCAGCUCUUGCGUGGCGGCGGCUCUUCUCCUCCCCGUUUCUGUCGUUGUUCCAUCCUGGUGCUCGAUCCGCGCUGAAUCACGAUGCCCAGUGACAAGGCAGCGGGCGCUGCUCGCACGCCAGCAAAGGCCGCCCGGCCAGCUGCGGCAGCCGCCUCGUCGACCAAGCAGAAAUCCAUCAUGUCCUUCUUCCAAAAGUCCUCGCCCGUCUCGGCUCCCUCCGCAGCCCGCGAAAAGGUCUCGUCCGAUCACCAGCACUCCUCCCCUCUCAAAGAGACAAAGGCCAACUCUCUCCCCAAGGCGAAGCUCCCCUCCACCAAACUCUCCACCCCAGUGCCCUCCAGCGAUGCUCCAGAGCCCCCGAGCUCGCAGGAGAACAUGGAGUCGACCGCCAAGCGAAGCAGGAGCAGGCCUAUCAAGGCCUCGGAUAGCGACAUGGCGCCGAGUAGCCCAGUUAGAAAGGGGAAGAAGGCCGUCAACUAUGCCGAGUCCUCGGAUGAGGAGGAGCCCUUCGCCUACGGAGCGGCUUCGCAGGCUCGGCGGCGUGGUAGGGCCCGCAACACCGUCGUCGACGACGAAGAUGAGUACGGUGGAAGCGAGACGGCCGAGCAAGAAGAAGAGGAUGACAUGGAAGACUUUGUCGUGUCAGACGAGUCUGAUGGAGAGACUUCUCGAUCCAAGAAGAGGAAGCGUCCCGCGAAACCCUCGUCAGCGCGCAAACGCACCAAUAUUUCGCCCUCCGCCAAAGAGGAUACGGAGCAGGUUAUCACGUCUCUCGAUGAUAUGGAAAUAGAUGACAUCCCCUCCACCUCUACCGCGAAGCAGUGGUCCUACGACCCAGAUUCUACCGAAAAGCGGCCUGUCGUUACACCGGCGGAUCGGGUCGUGACAAAAGACCCCAAGAUGAAGGAAAAGGCGUACAUGAAGGAGCCGGACGAGCGCUAUCCUUGGCUCGCUAACAUUCGAGACAAGGAAAAGCGUCCGCCCACGGAUCCAGACUACGAUCCGCGUACCAUCUUCAUUCCUCCAGGCGCCUGGGCCAAGUUUUCUCCCUUCGAGAAGCAGUACUGGGAGAUUAAGCAGGAUCUCUGGGACACAAUCGUCUUCUUCAAGAAGGGCAAGUUCUACGAGCUUUAUGAAAAGGACGCAACCAUUGGUCACCAGGAAUUUGACUUUAAGAUGACGGACCGAGUCAACAUGCGCAUGGUCGGAGUCCCUGAGGGCUCUCUUGACCACUGGGUCAAUCAGUUCAUCGCCAAGCAAUACAAGGUGGCCCGUGUAGAGCAGAUGGAGACCAACCUGGGCAAGGAGAUGAGAGAGCGGCAGGACAAGAGCGGCAAGAAGGCUGACAAGGUCAUCUCUCGAAAGCUGGGCUGCAUUUUGACGGCGGGAACUCUGGUGGAUGGCAGCAUGCUUCAAGACGACAUGGCUGCUUACUGCGUCGCCAUCAAGGAAUCCGUGGUGGAUGACUUGCCAGCGUUUGGCAUCGCCUUCACCGAUACUGCCACUGGCCGGUUCUUCCUCUCUGGGUUCGUCGACGAUGUUGAUCGGACCAAGUUCGAAACGUUGAUCGCUCAGAUUGGCCCUCGCGAGCUUUUGCUCGAAAAGUCCGGAUUGUCCACAAAAUCUCUUCGCAUCCUGAAGAACAACACGAGCCCUACCACCAUCUGGACGCACCUGAAGCCAGGCACAGAAUUCUGGGAUGCCGACACCUCCAGGCGAGAACUCGCCUGUGGGAAAUACUUUCUCAAAGAGGAAGACGAAGAAGAAGUUUGGCCCGAAGCCCUCCAGGAAUUCAAAGACAACGAUCUCGUCAUGUCCGCCAUUGGCGGACUCGUCUCCUAUCUCCGAUUCCUCAAGCUGGAAGCCCCCCUAUUAUCUCAAGGCAACUUCGAGGUGUACAAACCCAUCCAAAAGAACAGCACCCUUGUUUUGGAUGGCCAGACUCUAACCAACCUGGAGCUUUUCUCAAACACUGUUAAUGGCAACACUGACGGCACCCUGUUUGGUCUACUUAACAAGUGCAUCACUCCUUUUGGCAAGCGUCUGUUCCGCCAGUGGGUUGCUCACCCGCUGUGCGACAUUGAUCGUAUCAACGAGCGUCUGGAUGCCGUCGAGUUGUUGAAUGACGAUCCUUCCAUUCGCGAACAGUUUGCUUCCCAGCUCGUCAAGAUGCCGGAUCUCGAGCGACUUAUCUCACGCAUCCACGCCGGCGCUUGCAAACCUGAAGACUUUGUUCGCGUCCUUGAGGGGUUCGAGCAGAUCGAGUACACCAUGACUCUAGUGGGCGCCUUCAAGGGUGGAAAUGGCCUGCUUGAUAGGCUCAUUUCUGCCAUGCCCAACCUCGAGGAGCCGCUGGCUUACUGGAGUACGGCAUUCGAUCGACAGAGAGUUAGGGAAGAGAAGUUGAUGAUUCCAGAGAGGGGCGUGGACGAAGACUUUGACGCCAGUGUGGCUCGAAUCGAGGAGAUCAAGACUCAGUUGGACGAUCUGUUGGCAGAAAAGAAGGCGGAGCUCAAGUGCAAAACUCUCAAGUUUACGGAUAUCGGCAAAGAAAUCUAUCAAAUCGAAGCGCCCAAGAGUGUCAAGAUACCUUCCAGCUGGCGUCAAAUGUCUGCGACCAAGGACGUCAAGCGGUGGUACUUUACCGAGCUCACCACUCUUGUCCGGAAACUCCAAGAAGCCGAGGAGACUCACUCCCAGCUCAUCCGGGAAGUUGCGUCGCGCUUCUGCAAGAAGUUUGACGUUGACUACGAGACGUGGCUGAAAGCCAUCAAAAUCAUUGCCCAGCUGGAUUGUCUGCCGAGCUGCAGGCCUCAGUUUGUCGAGGAGGAGCGCAGCGUCUUGGAGUUUGAAGAGCUGAGACAUCCCUGCAUGAUCAACACGCUCGGUGGUGACCAGGCCAAGAUUAACCUUCUUACCGGUGCCAACGCGGCUGGUAAGUCGACGGUUCUCCGAAUGUCGUGCAUUGCCGUCAUCAUGGCUCAGGUUGGCUGUUUCGUUCCGGCCAGGUCAGCUCGCCUCACUCCCGUGGACCGCAUCAUGUCCCGUCUGGGAGCCAACGACAACAUCUUCGCCGCCCAAUCCACUUUCUUUGUGGAACUCUCCGAGACCAAGAAGAUUCUCGCCGAGGCGACUCCCCGCUCCCUCGUCAUUCUCGAUGAGCUGGGUCGAGGCACGAGCUCAUACGACGGUGUCGCAGUCGCACAAGCUGUUCUGCACCAUGUGGCAACCCACAUUGGCUGCAUCGGCUUCUUCGCAACGCACUACCACUCUCUCGCCACGGAGUUUGAGAACCACCCCGAGAUCCGCGCUCGCCGCAUGCAGAUCCACGUCGACGACGCAGAACGCCGCAUCACGUUCCUGUACAAGCUGGAAGACGGCGUUGCGGAGGGCAGUUUCGGCAUGCACUGCGCCGCCAUGUGCGGCAUCUCGGACCGCGUCAUUAAGAGAGCGGAGAUUGCCGCAAAGGAAUGGGAGCACACCAGCCGUCUCAAGGACAGCCUCGACAAGGCCAAGACGGGGUGCUACAUUCCCCUGGGCAUUCUCAGCGAUGUCGGUUCGCUGCUCGGGGAUAAGGGGGACGUGGGGCCCCAGGGGGUGGACGUUUUGCUCAGAGCCAUUGAGAGCCUUUGACGUUUGCCAUGGCAUGAAAAACAUUGCGAGGGGUUUUCGAUGAUCUCACGACACGGAACGAGUGUAUAUGGGCAUGUGUGAUUAGGAAAUUUGUGAUGGCAUUUCGAGAGGUAUAUAUGGAUCACGCGUUGCGGCUCAGGGCGUCAAGGAAGAUGCAUAAACGUACAAUACAUAUAAAUUAGAAGCAGUAACUGCACACAAGAAAGCACGUC